AUGGAGCUAUUUAGAAAAACCCAGGAGAAGCAUCCCAAAGAGCUGAUCAAUGAAUGGUUAUUGAAGAUAAGAAAGGAAAUGAGAGUUGUUGACAAGCAAAUAAGAGAUAUCCAAAGAGAAGAAGAAAAAGUGAAACGAUCUAUGAAAGAUGCUGCCAAGAAGGGUCAGAAGGAUGUCCGUGUAGUUUUGGCCAAGGAGAUAAUCAGGUCAAGGAAGGCUAUAAGCAAACUCUAUGCAUCCAAAGUGCACAUGAACUUGGUGCGUAUGGUUAUGAAGAAUCAACUUGUGAUUCUGCGAGUGGCUGGCUCCCUGCAGAAGAGCAAAGAAGUGAUGAAGGCUAUGCAAAGUCUUGUGAAGAUCCCAGAAGUCCAGGCCACCAUGCAGGAACUAUCCAAAGAGAUGAUGAAGGCUGGGAUGAUAGAGGAGAUUUUAGAGAACACUUUUGAAAGCAUGGAUGAUCAGGAAGAAUUGGAAGAAGCAGCUGAAAUGGAAAUUGACAAAAUUCUGUUUGAAAUUACACCAGGGGCAUUGGGCAAGGUACCCAGUAAAGUGACUGAUGCCCUUCCAGAGACUGUAGGAGCAAUGGCCGCCUCAGAGGAUAAGGAGGAAGAAGAGACUCUGGAGGCCAUGCAGUCCUGGCUGGCUACACUCUGUAGCUAA